AUGUCCGAGCCUCCUGCCAAGCGGUCCAAGACCUCCACUCCUGCCGGCGCAUCGACGCCCAUGGAGAACCCUUACCUCGCCCACCAGAACGGCAACUCGAGCGCCAACGGCUAUGCUGGCAGGGUCGAGAACCCCCUGUCGGGCAUGGUUCCCCGCAAGGUCACUGUUGAGCAGUGCAAGAACAUUAUGGACGGCGAGGUCAACCCCUUCAAGGGUCUUGUCCCCUUCUCGGACAAGUACAAGAAGAUCCUCUCGGACCGCAAGAAGCUGCCCGUCUACCAGAAGAUGGAGGAGUUCCUGAGUGUCUUUGAGGAGAACCAGAUCACUGUCAUGGAGGGUCAGACCGGUUCCGGAAAGACCACCCAGAUCCCCCAGUUUGUGUGCUACGCCGACCUGCCGCAUAUGCGCGGCAAGAUGGUGGCGUGCACCCAGCCCCGUCGUGUCGCUGCCAUGUCGGUGGCGAAGCGUGUCGCCGACGAGAUGGACGUCCAGCUCGGCAAGCAGGUCGGUUACUCUAUCCGUUUCGAGGACAUGACCGAGCAAGGCACCACCUUCCUCAAGUACAUGACCGAUGGUAUGCUCCUCCGUGAGGCCAUGAACGACCCGCUCCUCGAGCGCUACUCGACCAUCAUUCUCGACGAGGCGCACGAACGUACCCUCGCCACCGACAUUCUUAUGGGUCUCCUCAAGGACGUGGCCAAGAACCGCAAGGACCUCAAGAUCAUCGUCAUGUCGGCUACCCUUGACAUUGAGAAGUUCUCGCGCUACUUUGGCGACUGCUCCCCCACCGGUCUCGCCCCCGUCGUCCGCGUCUCGGGCCGUACCUUCCCCGUCGAGACCUUUUUCACCCAGGAGCCUGAGCAGGACUACGUUGAGGCCUCAAUCCGCACGGUCCUGUACAUUCACCAAGCCGAGGACGAGGGCGAUGUGCUGCUCUUCCUGACUGGUGAGGAGGAGAUUGAAGACGCGUGUAGAAAGAUUAGGGCAGAAGGCGAGGAGCUGGCAAAUAAGGGCAUGGCUGGCCCGUUGCUCGUUGUCCCCCUCUACUCGUCCCUCCCUCCUCACCAGCAGCAGCGCAUCUUCGACUCGGCACCACCUGCGACCAAGGACGGUCUUCCCGGCCGCAAGGUCGUCGUCUCCACCAACAUUGCCGAAACCUCACUCACCAUCGACGGCAUUGUGUACGUUGUCGACCCCGGUUUCUGCAAGCAGAAGGUGUACAACCCCCGUAUCCGUGUCGAGUCGCUGCUUGUUUCGCCAAUCUCCAAGGCGUCGGCCAUGCAGCGUGCUGGUCGUGCGGGUCGUACUCGCCCCGGCAAGUGCUUCCGCCUGUACACUGAGAAGGACUUUGUCAAGGAGCUCGAGGAGCAGACCUACCCCGAGAUCUUGAGGAGUAACCUCGCCAACACUGUCCUCGAGCUGCUCAAGCUCGGCAUCAAGGACCUUGUCCACUUUGACUACAUGGACGCUCCUGCUCCUGAGACCAUCAUGCGUGCGCUCGAGCUCCUCCACUACCUGGCCGCGCUCGAUGACGAGGGCAACCUCACUCCCCUCGGCACCAUCAUGGCCGAUAUUCCCCUCGAUCCCCAGCUCGCCAAGAUGCUCAUCACGUCGCCCGAGUUUGGUUGCUCGAACGAGAUGCUCUCGCUCGCUGCCAUGCUUUCGGUCCCCAACGUCUUCAUGCGUCCUUCCAACGCCCGCAAGGAGGCCGACCAGGCCAAGGCCCAGUUCACCCACCCCGAUGGUGACCACCUUACCAUGCUCAACGUUUACCACGCGUACAAGAGCAACGAGAACGACGCCAAGAACUGGUGCUGGCAAAACUUCCUCAACCACCGUUCGCUCCUCCAGGCCGACAACGUUCGCACACAGCUCAAGCGCAGCAUGGAGAAGUUUGACCUCGAGCUCGUCUCCACUGCGUUCGAGGACAAGAACUACUGGAACAACAUUCGCCAGGCGCUCGCGUGCGGCUUCUUCAUGCAGGUCGCGCACAAGGAGGGUGAGAAGGGCUCGUACUCGACCAUCAAGGACAACCAGGUCGUCCGCCUCCACCUGUCCUGCGGCUUGGACCACACCCCCGAGUGGGUCCUGUACAACGAGUUUGUCCUCACCACGGCCAACUUUAUCCGUACCGUCACCGAGGUCCGCCCCGAGUGGCUGCUCGAGUAUGCCCCGCAGUACUUUGACCCCGAGUCGUUCCCCGAAAACUCGGAGAUCCGCCGCGCGCUCCAGCGCGUCAUUCUCAAGAAGUCGGGCAAGUCGAGCUCGUCGGGCGACAAGGACAAGAAGAAGAAGCGCAAGGAGCGCCACUAG